AUGGGUAAAUUGAUCUGGCAUCAAUGGGGGAGAUUACUCGCUCUCACCUCUGCUGUGUAUAUGGUAUGGGCCUCUUUCUGGGCUUAUCUGUAUAGAAAAUUCUUCUGGGACAUGAUCGGUGGUACCCUCGGACCAGCAGGAUUGAUACCAAGUAAAAAUACCCAACCACUAGUCAACCUAGUAGUUGUCGUUCCUUUACUACAAACAUUCACUCUGGUACUUGGUUUAUUCGCUUUGGCAUUGGAAUUACCAUUACCCAUCGUUGUAAACACACCUGUACAUCGUUCGAUCAUGUUACGAAUUGUACUGUACUUCCUAACUGGAUUUAUAGGCAUAAUGGUAUAUCAAACAGUCGACUGUGCAAUUUACUUUAUAAUUACCUCUGGCGUUUAUGCUGUUGCCCUGUCAAAGGGAGAAACGAUUAAUGCGAUAAGUGAGGGAAGGAUUGGGGUCGUGUGA